UAUUACACAAAAUUUGUAGACACGCGUUCUAUAAGAUGGCUUUACCGGAUAUUACUGUACAUUUAGGGAAAGUCCUAUUUCUUCUCCUAGUGCCAGUUCUUGCACUUUCAAGCGACCGGGAUAACGAUGAGUGUUUAAAUGAUAAUAAGCAACAAGUAUGUACAACUUCAGGUUGUGUACACGCCGCUUCCGAGAUUUUAAAUACGAUAGAUGAAUCCGUCGAUCCAUGUGACGACUUUUAUAAGUUUUCGUGCGGAACUUUUAUAAAAAACGCCGUAAUACCGGACGACGCGUUGAUGGUAAUGAGAAAUCAAAAAAUUCAAAAUAAAGUCAUGCAGCAGUUACGCGCUAUGAUUGAAGAACCUACUCAGUCGGACGAAUCUCGACCAUUUGUGAUGUUGAAAAAAUUUUAUAAAGCCUGUAUGGAUACCGACGCAAUUGAGAAGAGAGGGUUGACUAAAAUGAAAAUGUUAUUAACAGAGUUAGGAGGUUGGCCUGUUUUAGACGGAUCCAGCUGGAACGACACUGGAUUCGACUGGAAAGAAAUGGUGCAUCAAUUUCGAAAAAUUGGUUUCGAUAACACAGGCUUCCUUUAUGUCUACAUUUCGUCGGAUUUCAUGAAUUCUACUCGAAGUAUAAUACUGAUCGAUGAAGGAAUGCUUAUGAUGAAAAAAGAUUUUUUGAUGCAGGGUUUCGACAGCCCUGUUGUGCGAGCAUUUUAUAAUUACAUUGUUAAGGUAGCGGUAGCCUACGGAGCGGAUCCGGAUUUGGCCGAAACCGAUAUGAAGGAUGUUAUAAAUUUUCAAAUAGAAUUCGCCCGCAUACGUUUAAGUAGUGAGCAUCGUCGCAAUUUAACAACAUUAACCAACCAAAUGGCGAUAUCUAAUCUUCAAAGGCAGUUUCCUACUUUUCCUUGGGUCGACUAUAUUAAUGGAGUUCUGGGAGACCCAAACGUGGCCGUUGGCGAAGCAGACAUAGUUGAUGUGAGCGUUCCUAGCUUUAUCCCGAAAAUGGAAAAACUAAUAGCUCGUACCUCUAAACGAGUGCAAUCCAAUUACCUACUGUUACUCUUUACUCAGAGUGUCGCCAAAAUGCAACCGGAAAAGAUUCGUAAUCUACAAUUUGAGUUGAAUAAGGCCGUUAGUGGUGUUCAAAAAGUGCCACCCAAAUGGAAAGAUUGCGUUAUUGCAGUUAACAAUAGAAUGGGAAUCGCAACCGCUGCACUAUACGUAAGAAAAUAUUUCGACGAAAAAUCGAAGAACAAUAUCAUUGACAUUAUAUUUGAUGUUAAAAAUGCGUUUAUUGGUUCUGUGACGAAAUUAGACUGGAUGGAUGAUGAUACACAAAAAAUGGCAGUAGAAAAGGCUAGGAAAAUUGUUAAUCACGUGGCGUAUCCGCACGAGUUACUAAAUGACACAAAAAUUGAAGAAUUUUACGCCAAGUUAGAACCAGCCGAUAACCUCCUAGAUUUUCACUUUAACCAAAGGAAAUUUGAUAAAGAUUUCACCGUGGCGAGCUUAAGAAACCCUAUGAAUAAAGGAGAUUGGACACGCUAUGCCAGCAGUACCGCAGUGAACGCAUUUUAUAGGCCGUCAGAAAACUCAAUUGAAUUGCCAGCCGGAAUUCUGCAGGAUGUAUAUUUUGAUAAAGAUAGACCCCAAUAUUUAAACUAUGGAGGCAUUGGGUUCAUUAUCGGUCACGAAAUAACCCACGGUUUCGACGAUCAAGGCCGACAAAUCGACAAAGAUGGUUUACUAAGAGACUGGUGGACCAAAGAUACCGCAAACACGUUUAUAAGUAAAUCUAAAUGCAUUAUUGAACAAUAUUCAAAUUUCACUGUACCAAACAGUAACGUGUCGAUGAAUGGAAUUAAUACUCAAGGAGAGAACAUUGCCGAUAACGGUGGAGUCAAAAUGGCAUAUUUAGCAUACAGGUCGUGGGUUCAACGCAAUGGCGAGGAGGCAAGUCUGCCGGGUUUAAAGUAUACACCAUAUCAAUUGUUUUGGAUAUCUGUGGCGAAUAUUUGGUGUGCGAAAGCUCGGCCGGAAAUAUUGGACAAAUUAGCAGUGACCGCCCAUCAUUCACUUCCGAAUUUUAGAGUAACUGGACCGAUGCGUAAUUCUCAACACUUCGCGGAAGAUUUCAACUGUCCCCUUACAUCAAAUAUGAAUCCCGAGGACAAAUGUUCUAUAUGGUAAUUUCGCUCAGUUGCAUCAAACCAUGUACCUAAUGGCUUACCUAUCAAUAACCAUUAAAUUCAAUUUUAUAAUAUCGAAUUGCAUCGUGAUAUUGACUGAAAGAACCUUUAAUCCCACAUCCACACAGUCACUGAAUUUGAGGAAGUAAAUUCUGAAUGUUUUUUCGGGCGCUGAAGUCCGAAGAGAAUUUGAGCUUUAAAAUCGGGCAAACUUUAUGUGUUGUUUUGAUACUAUGGACAUGGACUAUGGACAAGCGAAAUUAGUGGACUAAGAGAGGCGAACUGGAUCCGAAGAAGACGAAGUCGGUUG